CGUUCAAUAUUUAUCAAGCCGAUCGGAUCGGUGUAAAGUCUAGUUUCUGCCCCAAAAAAACUCACUAAACAGAAGUAAUAUUUUCUUAAUGGCAUAAAUCAUAGUGUAAAUAAAUAUGAAAUAUGAACAAAAUAUUGAAACGUAUCAUAUCAUAUAUGAAUAUACAGAGCAAGUACCGGUUCUGACAGGGCCCGCCACUCAAAAAGGCUUACUGUCGGACCCAGGCCUGAUUGUCCUAGUUAAUAAUGAUUAGUUCUCGUUUAAAUAUUAGUUGCCUGGAGAUAGUCAAGUGUUGUGUAUGUCGAUAGGUUAAAAUGUUUGAUUUGAUAAUUGUCUUAUCUGUUUGGGACAGCUGGAAUCCCACCAAAUGCGCAGUGUUUUUCUUUUCCUGCACUCAUUCAAAUCAAUGUGAGAACAAAGCCAUAUUGACUCACUGGGGGGGUGUAUUGAUUGAUUGCACAAUGAUCUACUGUGGUUUUGUUUUGUUUUUGUUUUUUAUAGUGCAAAGGUAACAAAGACCACCAUGCAAGACUUUUAUUUUUUGCAGAUUUGGGGUUGUUUUCUUGUUGUUAUGAGCCAUCGGUGAGCAAACUUUGCCUUGAUUUUUGUUGUUGUUUUUUUUCCUUUUUUCUUUUGUGUUGUUUUGUUUCUCCCUUGCGGUGUGCCAUAGCCUCCUCGGUGCCACACACACGUCUCCCUGAGGAGCCAAGAAGCAGACGGCUCAUGACUUCUGACCAGGACACGAAGGUUGUCGCUGAACCACAGGUGCAGCAAGUACAAGAGGCCAAGGACAACGCUCAUUUGGAAUCCGCAAAGGUUUCAGACCUCAACCCCAAUGCGAAAGCAUGGGCCAACCACAUGUUUAGCCUGGACCCUAGUGGUGGUGCUGACAACUGCACUGCACCCCUGCAGCCAUGGAAGGACGGCUGCGAGACCUCAGCCCAGCAUGGCCCACAAGGCUACGAAGCCAGUGAAGAGGACAAGCCUUUCAAGGAGCCCCUACUAACCGACCCGGAUGAGCCUCCGCCAGUCCCAGUAAUGUUGGCCCAGUCUCCCGCCUCGGCCGCGCCAGUCACCCUGGAGCACUCGGAGCCAGCCUACCCAGAAUUUCCAGAGCUGGGGCCACCUGCUCCGACAGUCAGUGAUCCCCAGCUUGAGAAUCUCCAGGAAGGAUUGAGGGAUCACCUGAAGAAAACCCUUGAAUUCUGUCUUUCCCGGGAGAACCUGGCCAGUGACAUUUACCUCAUCUCCCAAAUGGACAGCGACCAGUACGUGCCAAUCGUUACGGUGGCCAACUUGGAUCACGUCAAAAAGCUCAGCACAGACAUGGAGCUCAUCGUGGACAUUUUACGCUCUCUGCCUUUGGUCCAGGUAGAUGAGAAAGGGGAGAAGGUGCGACCCAAUCAGAACCGCUGCAUCGUGAUCCUCAGAGAGGUCCCCGAGAGCACACCCAUUGACGAGGUGGAGGCUCUUUUUAGAGGAGACAGCCUACCUAAGUUUAUCAACUGUGAAUUUGCCUACAACGACAACUGGUUCAUCACCUUUGAGUCAGAAGCAGAUGCACAACAGGCAUAUCAGUACCUCCGUGAAGAGGUGAAAACCUUUCAAGGGAAGCCUAUCAAGGCAAGAAUAAAGGCGAAGGCAAUCGCUCUGAACACUUUCAUGCCAAAGAACGGUUACCGGCCAGUGGAGGUGAAUCCGUACGCUCAGCAGCGCUAUACCACGUCCUACUACAUCCCGCCUGUGUACAGCCCACAGCAGCAGUUCCCCCUGUACAGCCUCAUUACGCCCCAGGCCUGGUCGGCCACACACAGCUUCAUAGACCCCACGCUGGUUGCUCCAUUUCACAACAACCAGUUCCUCAAUGGAUUUACAUCGGCCAGUUUUAAACCAGCGACUACUCCCCUCACUGUGAGACACCACUCACCCAGGACCAGGAGUCACAGCAAGCCGCACCUGAGGGCGACCCUCCCGGCCGCGGACCGCACGGGGCUCCUGGACAGCCCCGGUCUCUUCCCCAGCUUCCCCAGUGACAGACUGAACGGCGUCCGCUGCAGCCCACCCACGCGCUUCCCUGUUAGCCAGCCCAGAACCAGGUUACCCUCUGCCACCGCCGCCUUUCCCCGCCGGGAGACGGCGGGCACGGGCCGAGUGUCCGACUUCACUGCCACAGACUACUCUUCCCUGGGAAUGGGCAGAGGAAGGAAAAAGAGGGAUGAAAAGUUUACACGAGUGACACCUCAAUCGCCUCCGCCGCCACCUCCACCCAAACCUCCAUCUCCGAGCUUCGAGUUGGGCCUGUCCAGCUUCCCUCCUUUGCCCGGUGCUGCCGGACAUCUCAAGACAGAGGACACGUUUGACACCCGGCUGGCCAGCAGUGUCGUCAUCGCCCCGUCGCCCAUGAAGGACAGAAAUGUGAGCGUCGACUCCAGUCCUGGAGGAGCCCCCUCCUCGAUUGGCCCCAAAGAGCAUCUUCGGACUCCCACUUCCUCCUCUUCCUCCUCCUCCUCGUCGUCCUCUCAAAUUACCCAUGAGCCUCAUAUCUUCGCCCACUACGCCCACCCCCGCUGCGGCCUCCACCUGGAUCCCCACCGUGUGCCCACCACUGCCUCCCUCCAUUCCAGCAGCGGAAGCGCGGGUUGUCGAGGUGAAGCCCAAGGAGGUGCAGCUGUCUGUGGAGCGAGUUCCCGGUACUCUGUCUACCGCCAGCAAGUCAGUGCAAGUCAACGGCGCUGCAACGGAGCAGAGGAAGCCUUCCUACGCCGAGAUUUGCCAGCGGGCAAAGGAGACACCCGCACCGACACACCCACCCGCCCCCAAGGAAGCCAAGCCUGCAGGUGCUGCCCCCGCAGGUGAGGAGAGGAAGUGCCUCGACAUCUCAGGCCCGGGCGGCGAGGCGACCAAGAACAGAGAGACAUGCCUCCCGUCCACCAAAUUGGCC